UUUACGUAGUACACAUGACUUGACAAUCUAGUCCCUGGGACAGGUGACCGUAAUGAGCGCGUGUUACUGUCGUCAGACAGCACUUACACUGCUACAGGUGUACAUGUCGGUCUGUGGCCAGUCAUUAUAAUGUUAUCACUAUCGUUGUAGGCUAGCUGUCCGAGACUAAAACGUUCUAACAGCUCUAACCGUCCUUGUCGUCACGGUAACGUUAGCUUAACGUCUUAUCAUGUGGGUUUUCGGUUACGGGUCUCUGAUAUGGAAAGUGGAUUUUCCUUAUGAGGAAAAGAGAAUUGGCUACAUAAAAGGCUUCAGCCGUCGGUUUUGGCAGGGCAGUACCGACCAUCGGGGAGUACCGGGUAAGCCUGGCCGGGUUGUGACACUGGUCGAGGAUCCUGAGGGGUGCGUUUGGGGUGUUGCCUACAAACUGCCGACGGGCCGGGAGCAAGAAGUGAAGAGCUACCUCGACUACAGAGAAAAAGGUGGUUAUCAGGUUAUCACGGUGACCUUUCACCCCCGUCCACCACUCACUCCCCCGCCCAGCCAGACGCUGCUCUACAUCGGCUCUCAGGACAAUCCAGACUACCUCGGCCCCGCCCCUCUGGAGGAGAUAGCAAACCAGAUUGUCAACUCUACCGGUCCAAGCGGGCAAAAUACGGAGUACCUCUUUCAGUUAGCUGAUGCUGUGAGGACAAUUCUGCCUGAGGACUCAGACACACACUUGUUUUCUCUAGAAACGUUAGUGAGGGAACGACUACACAAUGGGCAGACACACUGAAACAGGUUGAUUUUAAUUAUAUAAUGAAUAAGACUUGAUCAAUGUAUUAUAUCAGGCUGGAUUGUCAAAAAUAUCUCAGGGUUUAAGGUACACAUGGGGCCAUUCGGGAUAUUUGUCGGGUACAGAAAAUAAGUUGACAAAGUCUGUUUUUAUCUCCAGUAGUGUCACACUACAAAGAAAUGUCACUGUUUUGUCCAUUAUCCUGCAAAUAAUAUGCAUUGAAAGCUGCUUCAAAAUAGAGAAGAUGACAAAUACAUAAAGGUACUGUAACUGGCGUCCAAACUACAUGUUGAAUGAUCACAAAAUAUGCUGUGGAUAAACAGCACAAAGGAAGAAUGACUAAAUAAAUACUAUUUAUUCUGAGUGAACAUAUCUGCAUUCACAGAUACUUGUGGUCUGUUUUGCACUGCUCUCACAACAGAAGUGAAAUGUAGGCCCCAUCCAAAAUUUCCAGUAGGAUCAUUUUGUUAAAUAGUUGGAACCCAUAGCAAUUUUGGCACAUUUCAUUUUUGGCCCCUGAAAACUUGGAUUGAAAUAUUGAUAAUUCCUUUAUAACAUUAAAUAUUCAUGACUAAAUAAGCAACAGUUGAAGUAAAAAAAAAAAAAACAUCCUCCCAUUUAUUUUUUAUAUCUGUGAGUGUGAAGAGCACAAAGAAAAACAACACGGACAGAAAUCUCUGAAGAGAAAUAACCUAAACUGUCUAAACUUGGUGAGAAAGUUGUGUGUUCGUGUAGGAGUUUGUCACUCAACAUAAAAACUGGGUUGAGAAAAUUUGUUUUCAGAGCCUUUAAGAGUAAAACUCAACAUGGCUUUGAUGAUGAUGUUAGGAUUUGACACCACUUUGGUCCAGACUGCGAUAUCUCAACAGCUAUUGGAUGUAUUGCCAUGCAGUCUCAUACAGAUAUCCUACAGAGUUUAGUGAUCCUCUUUAACUUUAUCUCUAGUGCCACCAGUAUGUCAAAAGUUUUCACAUAUCCAGUUAAAUAUCACACCUGGAUAGAUUGGCCUAAAAUUUGGCACAGAUAUUUAUGUUCCCAUCAAGAUGAACUGUAAUCACUUUGAUGAUCCCUUAACUUUUUCUCAAAGUUCCAUCAUCAGGUCAACAUUUUAAUUUGUUUAGUUUGGUUUAAGACCAAAUACCAGCAAAACUAAUGACAUUCCCACCAGCCUUUGUGUUAAGUGCUAAGUAGCAAAUGUAAGAUAAUGAACAUGGUAAACAUUAUACCUGCUAAAUAUCAGCAUGUUAUCCACAUGUCUUACCAUUUCAUUAAAUGAAUUGUGUCUCAGAUUUUAUUAGACUAAUUUAGAUGAUUGAAAUUAUUUUAAAAAGUAGAACAAGGUUUUCCCGACAACUUAUGAUACUGUUUUUAAUCUCUAAAAGAAAAGUCGAAUAAGGAGUAUCAUUAGUCAUAUCCAAACACCUCUUUUAGAAGAUAUUAUCAUAACUCUUUCCAAAGUUGAUUGUCUAACCAGAUAAUCCUGCUUUGGUAAAUGCCCUCCAUCUCUCUUCCUGAUAUGAAAACCAAAUUUCAGGGCAGAUAUCAUCAUCUUACUACUGUAAUCACGCUAUCACACAGUGUACAGCCACACAAGCUACACGUUGUUUAUUCCAGACUGUACUUACCAGCUAUGCGUCUUCUCAUUCUACCAGCAUACGUCUCAGCACAGUGAACAUAUCAAAGUCAACAGCACUGCAUCCGAAAAGAUCAACAUGCAGAAUAAAGAUGGUGACAGCUCUA